AUGGCGUGUGCUUUGUGCGUGUCCAUCUUCAGGCUGCUCUUCAUUGACACCGAGUUCCGAAUGUUGAGACUGAAAGCGGAGGACUCCGCUGGAAGGCAGCACAUCCUCACUGUUAAACUCAAGUCUAAGCAUCCUGCAGAGACUCCUGAAUGCUCAGCUGACCUGCCAGUGCCACUAGCUAUAAACUGGACAGCACAGAGUUUCAACCUUGAGUGUGGCAUCUGCUAUUCAUAUCGACUUGAAGCUGCCAUCCCUGAUCAGGUGUGUAAUGACCCUCGCUGUGGGCAGCCCUUCCACCAGACUUGUCUCUAUGAGUGGCUGCGAGCGCUGCACUCCAGCAGGCAGAGCUUCAACAUUGUUUUUGGAGAGUGUCCUUACUGCAGUAAGCCCAUCACUGUGAAAAUGGCAGCCCAGAAGUCCUGAUGAGAGGCUUUGUGUUCCCGGCUGCUCCAUCUCCACUUUGGGAAGGAGCUUUGAAAGGAGCUGUUAAAACUCGUAGAUCCAUUAGCUCCUCAAAGGGGCUUCAAUGUACUUUGGCAAACUCUGACAACAGCAAGCAGUAAAAGAAAGGCGCCCAGAAAGAGUAACCAGGACAUCAGCCAUUCACUCCAUUGGGGACCGGCUUCAGGACUUGAGUUUUUGGGAACAGACUCUUCCCAUUUACCCAAAGCAUCUCUGUAGUAGAGCUGGCUAUCCCAGUACUUUGGAUGGCUGUAUACCGCUCUGUGCUGUGUUUGCCUGUCCAUGUAACCGUUUGCUUGCUCUUCUUUUCUCCUUUGUGGGAAGACUCGGCGCUCCAUUCUCGCUGAGAUCAGGGGCACGUCAUCUGUUUUGCUGCUUGUCCUUGUGGGGUUAUGUUUCUGUUAAAGAAGGUAAUUCAAGUGUGUGCACUUUGAAGCAUUUAGGUGUCAACUUUCAAUUCUGCUUUUUCUUUAUAACCUUUAGAAAUCUGGAAGAACAACCUAACUGAAGAGUCUACAGCACAUCGUAAAGAUUUAGUCAGGUGUAAAUAGUUGUUUUGUAGCCUUUAGUGUAAAACAGGUUCAAACUGUCCAAGCUAUGGCCUCACACCUGUUUGGGUUGAGCUCUGGGCUUUACUGGAGGACUUCUGAGAUAACGUGCAGCAAUGGGUUUGGGCCGUUCUUCCUCUUCCUCACUGUCGAUGUCUUCAUAACUGCACACAGGCCUUUGCCUCGGGGACCUUCUGACAGCAGGGAGAACUUCUUCCUUCUAUAUUCAAACAAAUAAAAGGCAGUUUGACCAA